CUGGCUGCCCUGCUGGGCAAUGGCCUCAUCAUCACCACCAUAGCCUGGGACCACCACCUCCACACCCCCAUGUACUUCUUCCUCCUCAACCUUGCCCUCCUUGACCUGGGUGCCAUCUCCACCACUGUGCCCAAAUCAAUGGACAAUUUCCUGAGGGACACCAGGGACAUCUCCUAUGCAGGAUGUAUUAUUCAGGUCUUUCUCUCAGUCUUUUUGCUUUCAGCAGAGUAUUUUCUCCUCACCACCAUGUCCUACGAUCGCUAUGUUGCCAUCUGCAGACCCCUGCACUAUGAGACCCUCCUGGGCAGCAGAGUUUGUCUCCACCUGGCAGCAGCUGUCUGGGUCUGUGGCUGUCUCUAUGCUCUGCUGCACACAGCCAAUACAUUUUCACUGGCCUUUUGCCAGGGCAAUGCUGUGGACCAGUUCUUCUGUGAAAUCCCCCAGAUUCUCAAGCUCUCCUGCUCCACAUCCUACCUCAGAGAACUUUGGGUAAUUUUGGUCGGUUCCUGUUUAGUGUUUGUCUGUUUUGUGUUGAUUGUGGUGUCCUAUGUGCAGAUCUUCAGGGCAGUGCUGAGGAUCCCCUCUCAGCAGGGACGCCACAAAGCCUUUGCCACCUGCCUCCCUCACCUGGCUGUGGUCUCCCUGUUUGUCAGCACUGUAAUCUUUGCCUACCUGAAGCCCUCCUCCAUCUCCUCCCCAUCCCUGGACCUGGUGGUGUCUGUUCUGUACUCAGUGGUGCCUCCAGCAGUGAACCCUCUCAUCUACAGCCUGAGGAACCAGGAGCUGAAGGUUGCCCUGAGCCAACUGAUCCCUGGAUGCUUUCAGAAGCAAUAAACUCUUUG